AAAAAUCAAUUUGACGUUUCACGUUUCCAUAUUCGAAUUUGACAGUUGUUAUAAAAUAGUGUUGUGCGUGUGGUUAAGAAGAGGUACAAUUUUAUCGUGACUUUGAAGACGGGAGUCUGAUACGGUGAAUGAAACUCUUAUCAGUGUCUCCGUGCGUGUGAUAAGGAUUAGUGACAGUUCGACCAUAAGUCAUAACACACGUAAGACUGUUUACCUUAUAUACUAAGUGGUUUGAAAUCGAUAUCGCUAAUCCGAUACAUGAAUAAAACAUAAAGGAAGGAACACGCUACGCCCUGUUAUGUUAGUUCAAUAAGCCAGUUAAAUAGUUUUUAAUUGUGCGUGUAAUUUGAAAGUGAACCGUUUGCAUUGAAAACACCAGUGCUCGAUCUUUAACGGUUGGAAACCGCUUCUAAGGCGCCGUAAUCUAAAGGAUACGUCAACGUCUGCGCGGCGGUGUGCCUGCUACUGUUGGUGUGCGGUCUGUCACCGAGGUCGUCGGCGGCGCCACAUCGAAGCCGGGCCAGCAUGGAGCGGCAGCGACGUGACACGGAUGAGGAGAACACACUGUGGGCUAACCCCUGCGAUUAUAAUGAUUCUCAAUCAAAACUACAUUACCCACCUACAAAGGAGGUUGCGUUGAAGCUCGUCCGGCAAGCAAAAAACACUUACUCAUCAACUGAGAAGUACAAGGAUACAUUUGCAUCAAUGCUUCAUAGUUAUCCCAAAUUUGAUGACCUUCUCGGCCCAUGGGAGUCAUCUGAAUACCUCCCAAAAGAAUGGCUGCCGAAGGAGAAAGUCCUCUACCAUCAGCUACCUGAUGAAUAUAUUGAACAGUUAAUGCCAAAACUCGACGAGUUAUUGCCAGGAAUGUACAAAGGGCUGAAGAUGAUUGUUGGAGGACUGCACAAGUUCUCUGAAGAGCUCUCGAACACCAGCAUAAUAGCGGACGAGGGCCUGAAGUCAAACAUAACUCAGUCAAUGCACGAUGUGCGAGCUGUUCUAUGCUAUUUCAAUGACAUCAUGCACGUUCGCAAUCUGCACAUCGAAAAACUUCUGGACUCUGAAAUCCCUGACCUGCAGAGCAACAUGGGCGCUCUCCUAUACAGGGACACCCUAAACUACUUGGAGUACCUCGCACAGGUGUUCCAGAAGGUUUACGAGACAUCUGCUUGAACACAGCAGCUAUGAACAAGAGUCUUACAAUGUGACUCGAAGAGAAACUGCACACCCCAUGUAACUUUUGGCUGCCUACUUAAUCUUGGUGCUCGCGUGGCGAAGCAGUGCUCUUCAGUAUUAGUCAGACCCAUGAAAAACUCUUUCUAGUAGAAUUAUUUGCAUCUUUUGGCUGUUGAAUAGC